AUGGAUGAAGAUGGUAAUGAGUGCGUGCAAACGCAGGUAGAUGAAAAGGCGCACCCUUUGGAUAACAUCACAGGUUUCAAUACACAUUCCGAAUUGAAGCCAUCUGAAAAGCCCACGAAACCGAAGGUAGUCAAGGUUGAGAGUUCCGCAUCUACAAAUAAAGUUUAUGAAAAAGGUUUAACAGCAGGAAAAGCAGCGAAACUGUUGAAUAUUCCUCGUAGAACUGCAUACAGUUGGUACGAGAAAGAUUAG